UGUUGUGUUGGAGCCCGAAGCGAGUGGUCGAUAAUACUAUACGGAGCAGCGAACAGGCCUGCUGCGACCACCAGCGAGAUACUCCUUACUUCCCACAAUUUCUUCACAGAGUCGAAUCCUUUUCUUCUUCUUCCCGCAACUCGCGCCCUUUCUUCUCUUCUUCUAUCCGCAAUUCAUGAUAAAAUUUGUUAAAUUCUUGAUUUCCUUUGCAUGUUAUCUGUAAAAAAAAAAAAGCACUAAAAGUGGAGAAGAACCGAUGAGAACCGACACAUUGAAGGACAAAUGUCGACAGAAGGCAGUUAAAACUUGAAAGAACUCAAAGUUGAUAGCAGCGGAUGCGAUAAUGCGAACACUUUGUGAUGUUUGUGAGAGCGCUGCAGCGAUCAUCUUCUGUGCUGCAGACGAGGCUGCUUUAUGCCGUGCGUGCGACGAAAAGGUCCAUACAUGCAACAAGCUUGCUAGUAAACAUGUGCGGGUUGGGCUGGCUGACCCCACUGAUGUUCCCCGCUGUGACAUAUGUGAAAAUGCACCUGCUUUCUUUUACUGUGAGAUAGAUGGUAGUUCGUUGUGUCUGCAAUGUGACAUGAUAGUACAUGUUGGUGGUAAAAGAACCCAUGAAAGAUAUCUUCUAUUGAGGCAAAGAGUUGAGUUUCCAGGUGACAGACCUGGUCGAUUGGAAGAACUAGGGUUGCAACCCCUUGAUCAAAAUGAAUUAAAGAAGGACCAAAGUCAGCCCCUUAAGCUAAUAACAAGAGAUGGCCAGCAGAACCAUCGGGUUUCACCUGCUCCAAUUCUAGAAAAUAAUGUUGUUGAUCAUGGAAAGGUGGAUAAAAAACUAAUUGAUCUUAAUACUAGACCACAACGGUUAAAUGGACCAACAUCAAACAAUCAGGAACCAGAACAAGAACCGGCUAUGGAUAUUUCAAGUGGCAACAACAAUGAAUCUGUGGUACCUGUAGAAUCCUUCAAAUGUUAGGCUGAGAAGAAAUAAAGGUAUUCUUGGACAGCUGAUUUUCACAUCCUGCGUAUUGUCGAGAUUAAGAAUUCACAACCUUUCAUAUCCAUUUAUCUCUGCCAUUUAUUUAGUUAAAUUAAACCCCAUGGGAAUUUCGCUUGAUGAAGAGAAAUUUUAGAGGCGUACCAAAACGAUCUCUCAAGACCGUAAAUGGGUCUGGGCUGUUAAACUCUGGUGAAGUUAUUGCUAUCUGUCA